GGGACAAUUAUUCAUUUACUGCACUGAAUAAUUGUAUAUAACUGCCAUUGAGGAAAAAUGUUGAGAAUCUGUGUUUACAUCUUUUUUGUGUUCGUGGUUUUCGGAGUACAGGGACUGCUUCAUCCGGGAGGAACUGGUCCUACGAUAGAGGAGAGGUUUGAGGCCUUGGAGAAGGAGUUACGAGGAAAUAUCACAACAUUACAACAGCAGAUGUUCGCCUCAGAAACUCUGGCUCUGCGUCAAAUCUUGACCCUUGAGAGGACCUUCAGGAAAGAGCUUGAACUUGAAAUGGAGGAGCUGCAGGCCAAUUUCUCAGCCCAGGAAAUGCUUCUUGUCCAGGAAAGACAACUGAGGCUUGACCUCGAGAGGGAAAUGAACAAGACUCUCCAAAACAUUUCAAAUGUGCUGCAAAUAUCGAAGUCUAGAAUAGACAAUGUUGUCGCAGAACAGGAAGCAAAGGGAAAACUGCUAGGGGUCAGUAUGACCAAUACAAGCAUCUUCAGGUCAGCGAUACAGCAACAAGUAAACCAGAUAUCAGCGUCCUUGUCUAAUACUCAAAAUCACUUGAAAACCCUGAAUGCAUCAAUCCAGAGUGCUUCGACAUCUUCCCGAACAGGUGAUGGCACAGUGGUGGCUUUCACAGCCUAUGCAAGCUCAAGCAAGGACUACAACACAGAGAAGAUCGUGUUCAACUCUGUUAUCACCAACUAUGGUGGUGCUUACAACAGUGGCACGGGUAUUUUCACGUCUCCUACAGACGGAGUUUAUGCCUUUACUUGGACACAUCUGACACAUUAUGGUCGUUACUGCCAUUCAUACUUGACUAAAGACGGAACCAGACUAAACCUUGACGCACAUAGCAACUUACAAGGACUAAGUUCAACGGUAUAUACAAUGGCAACAAUGACAGGAACAUUACACCUCUCAAAAGGAGACGAAGUCUGGAUCCAGACUCAGCACUGUGAAGGCUUUCUGGGGUCCCCUUAUAACUCCUUCUCUGGAUGGAAACUUUGAUAGAAUAAAAUAGAACAAUCACAAAGAAACUGAACUUGUAAAUUGAUUUAUAACUGAUGAAAAGUGAUCCAAAUAAUCCAAAAUGUAAAAUUUUCUGUAGAAAAUUAAGCGUGUCUGGCUGGGUUCAUUAUGAUGAUGAAUAAAAUU